UCUGAUGGAAGUUGUCCAUGCCUCCACAUCUCCAUUGAGGGGUAAAUACUCCGUACCGUGGUCAUAGAUCAUUGACUCUUCGAGCGCAAAAGGUUUAUGUUGCUGUGAUUUUAUCCAAAAUAGAUUGUACUCGCUGGAAUAGAGACUGUAUCAUCAGCGCAAACAGGUCACAUCAAAUAAAUCUCUUACGACAAGCGUCCUUCACAAGAGUCAAUCAUGUCCGACGCAGCUACGGCCGCUGCUGAAACACUGCGAAACAAACAGAAGCCUCUGAAAGACAAAUAUCGAUCCGACCCGUCAUCUGCUUUUCUCACACUCUCCUCAUCCGGCAGUCUCGAUCCCACCUCGACGAGUCUGACAUGCUCGCUGUCGGCUGGUACCGCAGCUCGAAAAGUCGCCGGCCUUCACCAAGCCGCCGGAGGUGAAGGUUUUGAUGCGUCAGGAGAACUUUGCUCCGGAGACAUGUUGCUCGAAUCUCUGGUAGCAUGUUUUGGCGUCACCGUGCGUGCUGUAGCAACAAGUUUGGGCAUUCCAAUCAACGGCGGGACAAUCACUACAGAAGGUGAUCUCGACUUCAGAGGAACGAUGGGAAUCAAGGAUCCCGAAGGCAAUGCCGUGCCUGUGGGCUUCAAGGCCAUCAGGCUCAUUGUGCGACUUGAUGUGGAUGAAGAUCACAAAUCAAAGGUAGACAAGCUAAUCCAGCUGAGCGAGAGAUACUGCGUGGUCCUGCAAACGAUCAAAGGCGGAGUGCCCGUGGAGACCAAGUUGGGCCAUGUGGGCAGUGUAAUGCCUAAUGCUCGCAGCAAUGCUGAUGAGGGUGCUGACGGAGAGGGUGGAAGUGGUGUGCAAGACGUUCCCCCUAACGAAGAUGUGUUGAAAAUGAAUUGAUACCUUCCACGCAAGGAGGCAUUACUUCGCUGUAUUUUCACAAUCAAUGCGGCUAGCACAGACAGUCAGCAUCUGGUGUUCAACUCACCGUCACAUCGUAUGAAAUGUCCUUUUGUGCGGCAGGCAGACCUCAUGUGGAAGAUAGUCGCGAUACACAUCAGUGCAUGAUUCAAAGCACACCAUAUAUGCAUCAUUCAAUUGGUCGAUCGUCGUUGCCUCCUGCAGAGUCUCCUCUUGAUGGCUCCUUUGGUUCACCGCUCGAGCACGCAUGUAUCUGCCGCAGCCAAUCUCUUCUCAAGGAUCCCUUUCGUUGCAGACUCGAUCAUCGUACUCCCAACCACUGAACUCCUCCACAUUUCCAUGUCUUUGAUA